GAUUUCACAGGUCACUCGCAGGUGCCAAUGAGAUUUGGACCCAAUUAUCAGGCUUAAUUCUUGUUUGUAAGUAAGCUUCAUCAUGAACUGAUCUCAUAUGGAUAAUCAAUUAAACUUUAUAACUACUGGACAGUCGUUUUUCUCCUUAGAUUUUAAUUAAGGAUUUCCCAACAUCGUUCACUCAUCACAUCCAAAUGAGAUCACUUGAAAGUUCUACUCUGACUAUAAUUAUUAGUUUUAGUAUGAAAUCUCCGACAAUUAAGUUAAUCAAUAUCACAGAUUGAUUUACGUUAUAAUUGAUAAAGUUUAGGUGUUGGGGAUUCAAUAAUGUAGUCCUAGCUACGAUUCCACAUUAGAUAGUUGGUAAACAUUACUAAAACGUCGUCUGGUUCUUAUGCAUCAAAAUUAAAUAAAUCCUUCGAGAUUUUGGUAGUCAAUAAUUCACCCCCAUGCUUUACUUUGGAAGUAAAUGUCUAUUUGGUUUAUUGAUUCGUGCUUCUACUCUCGAAUUUUUUAUUUUUGAGGUCCAUAAUCGUCAAUUAUUCCUCUCGGAUUCUCUUUGUUGUUAUAAUGUUUGAAUGUUACAUAAUUGUCCUCAGUUUUACAACGAAAUAACUCGACAAUCAAUGUGGUCUAUAUAUUUUCAAGUUGACCACCACUGCUCAUGGAUUUCAUCCAAAGAAAAAUAUGUAUUUCUUCUCUGAAGAAGUAACUCAUGAGAAUAUUGCACAGAUACUGUCAUACUGUAUUUUCUUACCUCAAGUUCACGACAGUCAAUGUAUUUGCGCAACAAUUCGUUCAAAAUAAGGUUAAUGCAUAAAAACAUUGUUUUUCUAAAUGAAAACAUAUUUUUAAACAUUCAUCUAACCUAAAAUCGAAUAUGCUUUGCUUGAAAAAAGAAAGUAUUUUAGCUUAGAUUCACUCCAUCAUUUUCAUUUGUACUUUAUUUUACUAAAACUAUGACUUAAAAUAUCAUUUCCAUAGAGAAGUGAAAAUACUAAAACUUAUUGAGCACCAAAGUACUCUUUCUGUCUCGUCCAGUGUUCUUCAGGAAAGCGUUUCCACGAUACCACUUCGUAUGAAACUGGACACUUUCAUUUCACUUAUGACCAAAAUGCCUUUUAGCUGGUUGUUCCGGUUAGCGUAUUUUUGAGCUAGGUUUUUUUCGGAAUAGAAUUGUUAGCCCCGAGCCAACCCCUUCUUUAUACGUGCUUAGAACCAGCAUUAAUACUUUUGAUUUCUGAUCUGGAAAGCAAUAAUCAAUACUUUCGACUUCGAACUUGAUCUAAUCGAUUUUAGUUCCAGAUAAAACUUACCUUUAAGAAAUUCAAACAUUUUGACAGAAGCACUUCUCAAAAUAGUUUAAUCAUUAAGAAAUACGGUCAUAUAUUUUGAUCCUGUCAUCUAGCAGUUUAUAUAUUCCUUUUUUAUAACUGCUUUAUCAUCCUGUUUUUGUAUACCGACUCGGAUCGAACCAUAUAUUUCAGAAUCUCCGUUACUUAUGACUACUAGCUAACUUUUGUGCUACAAAUUGAAGUUGUUCUUUAUUAUCCACACUUUUUAAAUAUCUUAUCAUCUUUUACAUGUAUUCAGAAGACACAACUUUCAAUUUCACACAUAAUCAAUCAUACUUUUCACAACUGUCAAUCUUUAUUUCAUUUUCGGACUUUUUGUACAUUAUUUCAUGUUUCCUAUUUUUAUUUUAUAGAUGCUUUGUCUGUGAUUAAUCGAUUUCUAGAUGAUUCCACUUUUGUCACCAAUCAUCUAAAAAUUGAUACGAAUGAGAGCAAUAAUCCUAUCACUGAUGACAAAGAUUUAAUUUUUCUGCGUAAAUAUUUGAAACGUUCAUCUUUACGUCAUUGCUUCAAUUUAGUUGAUUGUAUUGGUGAUAAUGACUCAAAGUCAAUUAUUGAGCGAUUACGACCUCCUCAGCAGUUAUUAAGAAAUAGUUUAAAAGUUUUAUCAGAAUUAUGGUCUGAUUUAGAAGAAUUUGUUAUGCGUACUCGAGAAAAAGAUCAACCACAUGCUCAUGAACUUUACGACCUACUGGCUGAUAUUCAUAUUAGAGAGUUAUUGGUAGCUUACGAUGAUAUUGCUAAUUAUCGAUAUGUGAAUGAAGAUUUCAAUUUGACUAUUAUUCCUUUCGAAAAUAAUGAUCAAUUAUUAUGUAAGAAUUCUGAUGAUAAUCUCCUCAAUGUACAGAACUCAUCAAAAGUAGGGGUAGGGACAGAAGAAAAUGAAGAACAUUAUAAGUUAUCGAAACGAAAUGACGAAACUCACUCCAUGAAUGUUCAUCUGAAAAAUCCUCAUCAUCAUCAUCAUUACAAACCUGAUCUAUCAGAAAGUUCCAUGGAAUCUUUAGAUUAUAAAUUAAAUCAUACAGAAUCAAAUAGAAAUUCAUGCAAUAAUGAAGAUGAUUUACUUAUAAAGAAAAAUCUUGAACAAUUAAAAACUCAUUCAGUUCCAAAUGUUUAUCAUGUGAAUAAAAUCAAUACUUCGCUUGAUGUUGAUGACAAUCCUCCUCUUAAUGAUAAUAUUGAAAAUGCUCAAUAUGUGAAUAAAAUAAAUCAUUUGGAUAGUGAUAGUAAACACCAAUUUGAUAACUCACAUCGAUCUGUUUCUGAAAUGAUUAAUCAAUUUGAAUUAUCAAUCGGGAAAAAUGAAAUAAAUUAUUCUAAGGAUAAAAAUGUUCAUAAAUCACUAGAAUGUUUAGACCGAGUAACGUCAUCUAUACCUUCGGAUACACAAAAACCUACUCCAAAAACUAUUCCUGAAACUGUUAGUAGGCAGUCUGAGAAGAGACAUUCUAAAACUUCAAAGAUAAAAUCACCAGAUGAUUUGUUUACUAAAACUAAUUCCAAUUCAAAACAUGGUAGUCCUACUAUUACUUCAAAGAAAACAUCUACAACAAAAGAACAACGAAAAAUAAAAAAAUUUCAUGGUUCAGAUAAUACCUUACGCUCAUCCGAUUCUAAUCAUCAUCACCAUCCCUCUAAGCCUUUUCGAGAUUCACUUGACGGAACACAAAGCUUACCCAGAAAUCAUGGUCAAACACCUAAAGAAUUAAAAGAUAAUCAGAAUUAUCAUCAUCGUGAAAGUAUUCAUCCGAAAUUUCCACAACCAGGUGUACCAAGAGUUGUUCAUUUAAGACGUGACCAUCCUGGUGAAAAUUUAGGUAUUACUGUAGCAUUAUGUACACCAUCACCGACUACUUCUUCAUCACCACCAACAAGUUUCAAUGGAAUUACCAUACAGUCAGUAACAGAACCGAUUAUAUCUAUUCAAAGAGUAUUAGCAGGUUCAUUAGCUGAUAGACAAGGUUGUUUAUUUCCUGGUGAUAUUCUCCUAGAAAUCAACGGUUUACGCGUUCAUACAUUAGAACAAGUAUUUUCUCAAAUUCAACAAACAUCUAGUUUAAUUGAUUGUAAACUAUUAGUACAAGCACCUAAAGAAGGCGUACUACGCUCUAGUAUUCAGUGUUCCAAUUCGAAUUCAAAGACUAAACGCUAUGUUCGAUGCUUAUUCGACUAUGAUGCAACAAAAGACAGUCUUCUACCCACUGGUGAUGUUGGUCUGUCUUUUAAAUCUGGGGAUGUUUUGGAGCUAGUAAAUGAUCAGGAUCCUAAUUGGUGGCAGGUACGUUCAUUGAAGGAUCCUAACUCAAAAGCUCGUUUAAUACCUUCACAAACACUGGAGGAACGUCGUCAAGCCUUUAAUCAAGAAAAGCUCCAGGCAAAUACUUAUCGUAAACCGUGGAAAAAAGUCAAAACAUUUUUCAGAGCUGCUGACGCAUCAGGUUUACGUUUACGAUCAGAUAUCUGGAGCUAUGAAGAAGUUGUGCCAUGGCCACAGUCUAAAGUACCUUGUCUUUUGCUAAUUGGCCCAAAUGGUGUUGGUCGACGGAAUUUAAAAGUACUUCUUGCAAAAUAUGAACCAAAACGGUUUGCAUAUCCUAUGACAGAUACUACAGACUCAACAUUACCGACUAAUUUAUUUAAAGUUUUAUCUAAAGAUCAAAUGGAAUCUGAUGUGAAAUCUGGUGCCUAUGUUGAAUGGGGUAAAGUUAAUGGUCAUUACUAUGGAAUUCGUUUUUCUGAAUUACGUAAAAUAAUAGCUAAUGGACGAACUGCUGUAUUAGAUUGUCAGCCCCAAUCGCUACAUUUGUUACAUCAACCAGAGUUUAAUCCUUGCGUUGUAUUUGUUGCUGCACCGUCUUUUGAAGUAGCGAAAACUAUGUUACAAGAAGGUUUACAAGCUAAUGUCACUUCAAAUAUACGUUCUGAUGAGGAAUUACACUCCAUUAUAAAAGAUUCAAUGUCAAUGUCGGUAAUUUAUCGUCAUUUAUAUUCACACAUAUUAGUUAAUAAAAAUAUGAAAGAAAGUGUUGAGAAAUUAAGUCGUCUUGUUUCAAAGUUGGAACGUCAACCAUGUUGGAUACCUUGUGGAUGGGCCUAUGAAUUAAGCAUUCCAUAUAGAUCAACUCGCACUGACGGUUCACCUUUUAUACCUGGAUCUAGUAGCCUUAGUGCUCUUGGUAUACAUGAUUUACCACCAUCUUCAAGAUCAUCAGCUUUGUCAAAAUCCGUCAUUUCUGAAGCAUCGACUGAAUCUGCAUCUAGACUUGCUCGACCUCCAAGCAUUUGCAAUGGGGAAUUUUCAAAUCAUCCUCUUUCAGGGCGUGAUCGUUAUUCUAUCACUCAACGAAUAUACGAAAAACAUCGACGUGCUCAACAUGAAUUCCAGCAUCCACCAAUACCGGAGCUUGAUACACCAUCUGAGUCUGUCGAUAGUUAUUUAUUGAACAAAAUGUCUACUCGUCAUCAUCAGCAUCGAGCGAAAUCAAAUCAUAACACUGAUAACCAUGAAUUGUCUCAGCCUAUUCUUAGUGUUAAAACUACAGCUGAGGAGGAUCAACUCACUGACACAGAAUUAUCACAAACUCCUUCUAAUGAUGAUAAUGAUGAUGAUGAUGAUGAAAGUAAAAUAACUCAAGUGGAAAAUAUUUUAUCAGAUGAACAACAAUCAAAUGUUGUAAACAUCAACAAUGAUAAUAAUCCAUCAGUUCAACCUAAACCUGAACUUAGAAAAGUAAUAACAAUCAAUAAACAUGAAGAGUUCAGUUCCACAUCUAGCGAUGAGGAUGAUGAUGAAGAUAAUAAUGAUAAUGUAGUCAGUAUUUAACAAAUAAAUAAAUAUAAACAUUGAUGAUAAUGAUUAAUUCAGUUACAAAAUCAAUACAAAUUCAAUAUUUGUUCUUCCAUUCACUAAUCAUUAGUAUUAGUAUUAAUAAAAGUAGAUUUUUUACUCAAUAACUGCUACAAUAUAUUUCUCAAUACCUCCCAUUUUAAUAAUGAGAAUAUCAUCCAUAAUUUCAGUAUUAAAAGAUUUAUAUUAUACAUAGAUACUUUGUAUUUCUGAAUUUCCAUUUUGUUACAUACUUUAUUAUUAUUACAUUUUGUUUAAAUAAGAAAAACAAAACGAGACCAAAAAUAAUCAUAUAAGUAGUGUUUUUUUUAAAAAAAAAACAAACAUUAUUAUUACUAUUAUGCUUUAUAAUAAGUAGUAUCACAAUGGCAGCAGAUUUGCUAAUUACACAAAUUUGAAGUAUAAACUUUUUGUUUGGGAUCUAACAAAAUAUAAAAAAUACCGCUUUUAUUUUAUAUCAAAGAAACAAACAAACAAAUCUUUAUUAGCUAUGUAACUCACAUUUAUCUAAGUUGCAAUCUUACUCGGGUUCUUCAUUAUAAUAUAUACACUAUUACUCUAUUUAGGUAUGAUUUUAAAAUUUUCAUUUAUUUAUUAUAAAUUUUUGUACUACUUAUAAUUACUUAUUCAUUUGAUUUCUAUCUAUUAUUUUUUUUACUGCGAGUAUUUUCUCUAAUAGUCUUCAAGUUUGAUUUAUUUAGUAUAGCUGAUUUUUUUAAAUAUAUAUAUAUACAGUACAAUGUAAUUAACUUAACGAAAAAGAAAUCUUAUUUAUACACUAA